AUGCUCUACGACGACAGUCUUCCCAAGGAUCUCAACUCCCCAUGCGCCGCAGCACUCAUGGCUGAUGUGUCGUGCGAUCCUCUUGUGCCGGCCCUUCGUCCAGACUUCUACUACCCUCCUUCUUCGCUGAGCCGCAUUUGCACCACUGGCUGCGCUGCAGCACUGCAGUCGUGGGAGAGCUCGGUUCGGUCGGCGUGUGGAAAGGAAAUUGUCAUUCCUGCCCAUCAUAAUCUUCCCGCAUCACCAAUAGUACUUCCGGCCACCCGUCGGCACAUUUAUAGCUUCACGUGUCUCAAGGAGAACGACGUCUUCUGCGGCCCUGUUGCUGCAUUGACCGCAUUUUUCAGUGACCAGGGAGUUUCCAUCUUCAACUAUAUCAACGCGCUCCCAGAAGGCGCCACAAAGCCGGCGGAUUGUGAUCCAUGUCUCGCAGCCAGGCUGCACAUGCGAUCUGGCUCGCCCUACUUUGACGGCCCCGUUGUAGCCAGUGAGUCUCUUUACCAAAGCAUGACAUCCAGUUGUGGCAUCACUGGUAAACCUGCUACCACAUCUACUAUUGACUACUUCACCGGCCAGCCGGAGCCUACACAGGCAACCUGCAGCGGCACCACAUAUGAGAUUCAGGGUAAUGACAACUGCUAUGGUAUCUCCAGAGCUCAGAGUCUGCUGGCUUGGAAUCCGGUCAUCAACCCCGUGUGCUCUAACCUGAGUAUGAUGAACGGUACAACUCUCUGCAUCGAGCCCCCUGGACCCAAGCUACCACCACCCGCCACGACAAAUCUUCCUCCAUCGACGCCUACCACUGCUGCUCCGAUCCCCUCAAACACUGCUGUCGGGUCCAACAAGCCUUGUGGCCGCUGGUACGAGGUCAAGGCGGGCGAUUAUUGUAAUCUUGUGACUCUCAAGUUUGCUAUUUCCCUUGCAGACUUUUUGUUUCUCAACACGGGAAUCAAUUCAAACUGCACAAAUCUUUUCGCUGCCAGUAGCUAUUGCGUACAGCCAGUUGGAGAUAUCAACACUUAUCUAGGGCGUCCUGGACAUGUCUCAUUCACGGUCGACCCUAAUGCCCCAUUUACUGGCGUUCCGUUCACCAUGCUCCCCAAUGCCACCAUGACACUUGCCUCAAGGCCUUCUCAAGCCCCUAUGGCCGCGGGUGUCCGGGACGAUUGCGCUUUCUACUUUCUGGGUGAGGAAUACCAGUACAACUCGGACAAAUUUGGUUUCUGGAACAGCAACUGUGAAAUUGCAGCAGCCAUGUACAAUGUCGAUUUCGACAGCUUUGCUGCUUGGAACUCGCUCAAGACAAACGUCACGGACCCUGCCUGUGUGUUCCAAGUUGGCAAGCGCUACUGUGGUUCCUGGGGCUUGAUGCCUACACCCACUGUCACUCAAACGCCCGACGGUGGCAAGCCCCAUCCCCCCGCGGCCACACACUCUGGUCAACCGGCAGAUUGCGAUGUUUGGCAUGUCGUUUCCGGUGGUGAGUCUUGCCAGUCCGUCGCAGACGGCGCCGGCAUAUCCCUGGACACCUUCUUUGAAUGGAACCCUGCCGUCAGCAAGGAUUGCACAAGCAACUUCUGGGUUGGCCAGGCAUACUGCACCCAUAGAGAGGGGCAAGGCAUUGGCACUUACAACGACUUCGCCAAGUAG